AUUCAUUAUUACACUGUACAGAACAGAAAAUAAGAGUGCACAGUGUCAGUGUGACUUGUCAUAAAAGAUCAUACGAUGUCAACACAACAUGGAAGCACCUGCUAAGUUUUCUAUAUUCCACUGUGUUGUGUCUGAUCUGAUCCUCAACUGACGGUGGAGGCACUCAAUCAGGGAGCAUUCAUUAUUCACAAGCAAAGUUACGCGGAAACAGCAGAUUAAUUAUGAAUGUGGACCUCAGUUGAGGAUCUUCUCUCCGAUACAUAUAAACAGUGUGACUUCAUUGCGCGGCCUUGUCCUAGCAACUGAUUGUGUAUUGGGUCGUUUAUAUACACUCCGUCUCGUAGCGAGAAUCUGAGGUGGAUUUGGGUAGUGUCAGGUGAUUUUCAGUUGGAUGAAACGACGAUGGUGCUAGAGCUGUUCUAUGGGGAAAUAUGUCAAUAAGAACUGGACCGGUCCUGCAAGUGUGUCCUUGGCCCGCCUUGACCAGGUGAAGACCACCGUCUAUAACCUGGGCCUUGCUGACCCACGUGACCUCAAGGCUCCAUCGGUGUAUGAUCGUAACCGCAGAAACCAGUUCCUGUCCGAAAUCCAGACAGACCCACCAUUGUCAACUGUAAACCUACAGAAGAAUGCAUGGGGAAGUAACUCAUCCAUCCCAGAGCUAAUCAAACAUCAUAGCGAGGCCACAAAGACACCAACCAGGAAACGUCCUGCCAGCGCCAAAACAACUGGAUGUACUCGGCCCCCUAGUGGCAGGAAGAACCGACCACAGAGUGCCAAAGACUUGCCGCAGACAUCACCGGCAAGUGAACCAAUAACCAUUGCAGUGAAAGGGUCCAAGUAUGAUCCAAACGGGCGCCCCCCACGCGGACCAGGUGUGGGGUCGGCAACCGGGCUUGGAUGGGUUGGUCCCCCUGCUGGGCUGCGCAUCGACAUGGACAUGAUCAACCCCAACAUCGCUGCAGACUCAAACACAACCAUUGAGUCAGAAUAUGGUCACUAUGAGUUCUCUACCAGUGGAGCGCCCCCUGCCCCAUGUGUGUCACCGGAACCAGGGGAGGGAACUCUGGAUAAUAUCAGUGAUGUUGAGUCGCUACCCUGUGAGAGUCACAAGUCCUACCUGCUCCGGAAGCCGACACCGGAACCCAUCCAUCUGUCUCUACCUAAAGCUGAGGAUGAGGAGGCAGACAUGGAUGAACUGGACACCGAGCGGCUGCUCCGGGAGGCUGAGAGUCACACCACCACCAUCAACACCACCAACAACACCACCAACAACACCACAAAGUCGAGCCGACUCGUCAAGUACAACCAGCGCUCUGGAAUCUCCUACAUUGACACGCAGCCUGUGGAUAACAGCAACUUGUCACCUCGGGAUGAGGAACAGGUCUCUGGGAGACGGAGCCCAAGUCUGUAUGACGUGAAUGCCCGCACUCUUCCUGUGUCUCCAAGUACGACGUCUCCCAUGCAGCACAUGAGUCGACUAAACGUGCGAAGUGCAGGCCGGGCCGGAGUGCUCAUCAGGGAGGACCGUAACGUCACGGUUGACAUCACCCCAAGGAAUGCGGGACGUAAAGUGGCAACUCUCUCUGCUGGCAGGCGGGGCAUGGCUAAAAAGAAAUUUUCGCGUUCUGAUUACAGUCAUGUAAGAAGUCGGAUUAAUUCCGGUGUAGAUUCGUCUACGAUGUUAGUAGAGAAAAAGAUGGUGCAGGGUGAUAUUGUCACUCAUGAUCAUGACACACUUGGCCUUGAACUUGAUGUGAGGCCAGUGACACGUAACCACGUCCCAGUUCCGCCUGUUGUUCCCACAGUAACAGUUCGCUAUGACGACACUGAAAGUGAAAAAAGCAGCGCACAGGAAACACAGGAAAAAAAGAAAAAGAUUCGUAAAGAAAUUGAUUUAAUUACAAUGGUGUCUCAAGUCAGUUUGACAGAGAGUGAAGACAACAAUGAAGACGACGCGGACGAAAAAUCAAGCGUUUUGUCCGUGAACAACACCAAUCAUUCACAUCUACGGAAAAACAUCACAAAGUUCCUACAUCCACCGUCUAAUCCAAAACUAUACAGAUCUCAAACAGAAAAGAAUUACUACGAAGUGGCGAUGAGAACCGACCGGGGUAAAUCACCAGAGAGGAAUUGCAGUGAGGAGAAGGAGAACUUGAUCUACAAGACCAUAAAGACGUUCGAGUUCGACGACAAUAUGCCGGUGGAGAAGACCGAACGUAGUAUCAUCCCAGGAACUCUCAUUUCCACCACUAAACCCAGGGAGAAGCUGGCUGUGGCCGUUGACUAUCUGGAACAGAAAAGGAUGUCCCCCAGGAACAGUGCUGUAUCUAUCAAGGUUCCUCCCAAAACCAAGGAGCCGGAACCAGAGCCAGAGCCACCUGCCUCCACAAGUCUGGGGUUUGCCUCUCUGUCCCCAGAGGACCUCGAGAUCCUUGCUAAGGCUGCAGCCAAGUCUGAAGAAAAGUUCAACAACAUGUUCUUGGCGCCCCCGGCUCCUCAACGUCGUGGGAGGUCAGCCAACACAAAGCGACACAAACCCAAGCGGGAACCCACAGCUGACGAAAAUAUCAUCAAGAUACACACAGAGAGCGUCAUCUCCCUCAGUAUGCAGACAGAUGCGGAGGAUAACUCGAUGCUCCGACCCACCUCCUGUCUCGUCACUUCGGACAGGAAACUCAAUGCUGACACUCGCAGGAUCCAGUCUGCUGCUACAGCAGAGAGAGGUCCUCGCUCCAGUAAAAAGCGGUACGCCAACUACUCACAGACUAACUUGUCCCGGAAGAAGGAGAGCUGGGACCCCGACAGCGUCAUCUACAUCAACACCAAGAAGCCGUCCCAUGAUCUGGAGACAGAGGAGAACCUGGCGUGCCAGGAGAUGCACACACGAAUGGCAGAGCUGGGCUGCAAUGUCAAGCCAGAGACGCUGGAGAGAGCGCUGUUCCCACCGACCGGAAAGACCCUGUACUACGAUCUCCCCUCCGAGCUACCCAUGUCUCCAUCUGACGGGCUUUUGAGUCACCCAAGAUUCUGGCUGCCUAAGGAAUAUAACAAGUUCAAACUAGCAGAGAAACAGUUGGCAAGGGCAGACCAUCUGCUGUGGUUACAGAAGCGAGAUGAGGACAGACGCACCAAGAGUGCCAUGGAGCUGAAGACGCCCGGGAAAAAGAAGAAGAAGAAAGGGAAAACCAAGGGGAAAAAGAAGGGAAAAGCCUCCAGGAGUAACAGCAUUUGUUAGCAGAACCAACAUCACAGCAUUUCACGCCAAGAGUGGGAGAAAGAAAUAAAAACGUAGCAUCCUAGCAAGUAGACUCCAGUCCUGGAGUUUGUGCUGGCCACAGUUCAAAGCUUCAUCAGGUUCUGAUAGUAGUAUUUGUACUUGCAUAGAUUUAUUACAUGCUAACAACCAUUGAGUAGAGGUAAGAUGUGACCAGCAGUAUUACGGUCAGCAAGCAUGAUGGAGUUUCUAGCCACAGUUUCUAAGUAAACAUGUAGAUUUCAACACCUUGCUGUUUGUCAAAAUAACAACCAGUAUUUCUGAACCAAAAAUUUGUUGUCACUUCAUUUUUCAGUAUUGAGAGAAGAUUUGUUUAUGAUUCUAAGCUCAGUAUUUGGUGAUGUAUAACUUGUCAAUGGGGGCAAUCCUUGCAGGAUGUGAGCGCCGGUAUAGCCCAUUGUGGAUCUCAAAUAGUUGCUAUUCAUACCAUAACUAAGUAUUAUUAUAUUAUCUAGUUGCUAUUUAUUAAUUCAUAAAGGAAUAACUUGGUUGUCAGUGAUGAUUAAAGUUGCACUCUUUUUGAGGUUUUUUUAGCUCACCUGACAUGAGAGUUGGAAAUGCCAGUCACAGUCAACGUCAAACAUUGAUUAAAACAUAUAAUGAAAAUAUUAGCAAGCUCUGUUUGUCCCUUGGAUGAUUUUGUAGUUAUUAAGUUGGGGACAUGGGUGGCCCAGUCAUCUAAGGCACCAUAAUUCGGUGUGCCGAGUUGAGUCCCUUUGGCACGCCAGAAAGUUUUGAUUGUGGGUUCGAGUCUCGAAUCGUCCAAUUAUGUUUCAAGUUUUUUUCAGCACCUAACCUGUGCUUGUGGGUUUCAUCAAAGUGAUAAACGUCCUGCAUCACUUUGGCGUUCCUCCCACAUAAACAAACAGUUUCACAGUGAUAAUACUAGAAUACUGUCCAAAGCAAUAUAAAACCCAACUCACUCACUCACUUGUGGGAAGUAGUACUGACAGGCAAAAUGUGAAAUAGACUCAUUGAACAAGUGAUUAAGCGUGAAUUGUGUCAAAUAUUCAAGAUUCCUGCUAGGGCUGGGACGGGUCAUAAUUUACUACCCUGGUACCCAUCCCUCUAUUACCCCACCCUACCCGGGUACCCACCCCUCUAUAACCCGACCCUCCCCGGGUACCCAUCCCUCUAUUACCCAACCCUACCCGGGUACC